GGGCCCGGAAACAGGGAAAGGGAGGCUCUGGGCUGCGGACGGCCCGGAAAUGGAAACUAGGGAGCAGCUCGAGUGACAACUGUUGUGAGGCAAGGGUCCGAGGAGCGCGGCGGGAGUGAGUUUGGACCGCGUGAAUGGUAGUGUCUAGUAAGGGUAUGUCCCUUCAAGAGAGAGGUGCCAAUGUCCAACCGGCCUAAUAACAAUCCAGGGGGGUCACUGCGACGUUCACAGAGGAACACUGCCGGGGCCCAACCACAAGACGACUCAAUAGGAGGAAGGUCACAUUUAGGGCAGGCAAAACAUAAGGGAUAUAUCCCUCCUGAGAGUAGAAAAUCUAAUUUUAAGGCACCCAAAGUGCAAUCUAAUACUACUUCUGAACUGUCAAGGGGACACCUUUCUAAAAGAAGCUGCAGUUCAUCAUCUGCUGUCAUAGUUCCACAACCAGAGGAUCCAGACAGAGCCAAUACUUCUGAAAGGCAGAAAACGGGGCAGGUGCCUAAGAAAGACAAUUCUCGAGGAGUGAAACGCAGUGCUAGUCCAGACUACAACAGGACCAAUUCUCCUAACUCUGCAAAAAAGCCCCGAGCAUUUCAGCACAUUGAGUCUCUCUCAGAAACCAAUAAGCCACAUAGUAAGUCAAAGAAGAGACAUUUAGAUCAGGAGCAACAACUGAAAUCUGCACAAUUGCCGUCAACAAGCAAGGCUCACACCAGAAAAAGUGUGGCUGCUGGUAGUUCACGGAGUCAGAAAAGAAAGAGGACAGAGAGUUCUUGUGUAAAGAGUGGUUCUGGGUCUGAAUCAACUGGUGCCGAAGAGAGAUCUGCAAAACCCACCAAGCUGGCUUCAAAAUCGGCCACCUCAGCCAAAGCUGGGUGUAGCACCAUCACCGAUUCUUCUUCUGCUGCCUCUACUUCCUCCUCAUCUUCAGCUGUAGCCUCGGCCUCUUCCACUGUACCACCAGGUGCCAGGGUGAAACAAGGAAAAGACCAGAACAAGGCCAGGCGUUCCCGUUCAGCAUCCAGCCCUAGUCCCAGAAGAAGUAGCAGGGAAAAGGAACAGAGUAAAACUGGUGGCUCUUCAAAAUUUGAUUGGGCUGCUCGUUUCAGCCCUAAAGUUAGCCUACCUAAAACAAAACUGUCUCUUCCAGGGUCUUCUAAGUCAGAGACAUCAAAACCUGGACCUUCUGGAUUACAGGCCAAAUUAGCAAGUUUAAGAAAGUCUACCAAGAAGCGCAGUGAGUCCCCACCUGCUGAGCUCCCCAGUUUGAGGAGGAGCACACGUCAAAAGACCACGGGCUCCUGUGCUAGUACCAGUCGGCGAGGCUCUGGCCUGGGCAAGAGAGGAGCAGCUGAGGCCCGGCGGCAAGAGAAAAUGGCAGACCCUGAAAGCAACCAGGAGACAGUAAAUUCCUCAGCUGCCCGGACAGAUGAAGCUCCCCAAGGAGCCGCAGCCUCUAGUUCUGUUGCAGGGGCUGUUGGCAUGACCACCUCUGGGGAGAGUGAAUCGGAUGAUUCUGAGAUGGGACGAUUACAAGCCCUGUUAGAGGCCAGGGGUCUUCCUCCUCACCUGUUUGGUCCUCUUGGUCCUCGGAUGUCACAGCUUUUCCAUAGAACAAUUGGAAGCGGAGCUAGUUCCAAGGCCCAACAGCUUCUUCAAGGACUACAAGCGAGUGAUGAGAGUCAACAGCUUCAGGCAGUCAUUGAAAUGUGUCAGCUAUUGGUUAUGGGAAACGAAGAGACUCUAGGAGGGUUUCCUGUGAAGAGUGUUGUUCCAGCUUUGAUAACAUUACUGCAGAUGGAACAUAAUUUUGACAUUAUGAAUCAUGCUUGCCGAGCCUUAACCUAUAUGAUGGAAGCACUCCCUCGGUCAUCUGCUGUUGUCGUAGAUGCUAUCCCUGUCUUCUUAGAAAAGCUGCAAGUUAUUCAGUGUAUUGAUGUGGCAGAGCAGGCCUUAACUGCCUUGGAGAUGUUGUCACGGCGACACAGUAAAGCCAUUUUACAGGCGGGUGGUUUGGCAGAUUGCUUGCUGUAUCUAGAAUUCUUCAGCAUAAAUGCCCAAAGAAAUGCACUAGCAAUUGCAGCUAAUUGCUGCCAGAGUAUCACACCAGAUGAGUUUCAUUUUGUGGCAGAUUCCCUACCAUUGCUUACCCAAAGGCUAACUCAUCAGGACAAAAAGUCAGUAGAAAGCACUUGCCUUUGUUUUGCACGUCUAGUGGACAACUUUCAACACGAGGAGAAUUUACUGCAGCAGGUUGCUUCCAAAGAUCUGCUUACAAAUGUUCAACAACUGUUGGUAGUGACUCCACCAAUUUUAAGUUCUGGGAUGUUUAUAAUGGUGGUUCGCAUGUUCUCUCUGAUGUGUUCCAACUGCCCAACAUUAGCUGUUCAACUUAUGAAACAAAACAUUGCAGAAACGCUUCACUUCCUCCUGUGUGGUGCCUCUAAUGGAAGUUGUCAAGAGCAGAUUGAUCUUGUGCCACGAAGUCCUCAAGAACUGUAUGAACUGACAUCUCUGAUUUGUGAACUUAUGCCAUGUUUACCAAAAGAAGGCAUUUUUGCAGUUGAUACCAUGUUGAAGAAGGGAAAUGCCCAGAACACAGAUGGUGCAAUUUGGCAGUGGCGGGAUGACCGAGGUCUCUGGCAUCCCUAUAACAGGAUUGACAGCCGGAUCAUUGAGGUAGCAGCCCAUCAGGUCGGUGAGGAUGAGAUAAGCUUGUCCACUCUGGGACGAGUUUAUACUAUUGAUUUUAAUUCUAUGCAGCAAAUCAAUGAGGACACGGGAACAGCACGUGCCAUUCAGAGAAAACCUAACCCCUUAGCCAAUACUAACACUAGUGGAUAUUCAGAGUUAAAGAAGGAUGAUGCUCGAGCACAGCUAAUGAAAGAAGACCCGGAACUGGCUAAGUCUUUCAUUAAGACCUUAUUUGGUGUUCUCUAUGAAGUGUAUAGCUCCUCGGCAGGACCUGCAGUCAGACAUAAGUGCCUUAGAGCAAUUCUUAGGAUAAUUUAUUUUGCUGAUGCUGAACUUCUGAAGGAUGUUCUGAAAAAUCAUGCUGUUUCAAGUCACAUUGCUUCCAUGCUAUCAAGCCAAGACCUGAAGAUAGUAGUUGGAGCACUUCAAAUGGCAGAAAUCUUAAUGCAAAAGUUACCUGAUAUUUUUAGUGUUUACUUCAGAAGAGAAGGUGUCAUGCACCAAGUAAAACAUUUAGCAGAAUCUGAGUCUUUGUUGACAAGUCCACCAAAGGCCUGCACAAAUGGGUCAGGAUCCCUGGGGUCUACAACACCAGCCAGCAGUGGGACAGCCACGGCUGCAACCAAUGCUUCUGCUGAUCUGGGGUCACCCAGUUUGCAGCAUAGCAGAGAUGAUUCUCUGGACCUGAGCCCUCAAGGUCGAUUGAGUGAUGUUCUCAAGAGAAAACGACUGCCAAAACGAGGGCCAAGGAGGCCUAAGUACUCACCUCCAAGAGAUGAUGACAAAGUAGACAAUCAAGCUAAAAGCCCUACCACUACUCAGUCACCUAAAUCUUCCUUCCUGGCAAGCUUGAAUCCAAAAACAUGGGGAAGGUUAAGUGCACAGUCCAACAGCAACAACAUCGAGCCAGCACGCACUGCGGGAGUCAGUGGUCUUGCCAGGGCAGCCUCAAAAGACACCAUAUCCAAUAACAGAGAAAAAAUUAAAGGUUGGAUUAAGGAGCAGGCACAUAAAUUUGUUGAGCGUUAUUUUAGUUCUGAGAAUAUGGAUGGAAGCAACCCUGCCUUGAAUGUACUUCAGAGACUUUGUGCUGCAACUGAACAACUCAACCUCCAGGUGGACGGUGGAGCUGAGUGCCUUGUAGAAAUCCGUAGCAUAGUCUCUGAGUCAGAUGUUUCAUCAUUUGAAAUCCAACAUAGUGGAUUUGUGAAACAGCUGUUGCUGUAUUUGACAUCUAAAAGUGAAAAGGAUGCUGUCAGCAGAGAGAUCCGAUUAAAGCGAUUCCUACAUGUCUUUUUUUCUUCUCCACUUCCUGGAGAAGAGCCCAUUGGAAGAGUAGAACCAGUGGGCCAUGCACCUUUAUUGGCACUAGUUCACAAGAUGAACAACUGUCUCAGCCAAAUGGAACAAUUUCCAGUCAAAGUGCACGAUUUCCCUAGUGGAAAUGGGGCUGGCGGCAGCUUUUCUCUCAACAGAGGAUCACAAGCUUUAAAAUUUUUCAACACACAUCAGUUAAAAUGUCAGUUACAAAGACACCCAGACUGUGCAAAUGUGAAGCAGUGGAAAGGCGGGCCUGUUAAGAUUGAUCCCCUGGCUCUGGUGCAAGCUAUUGAAAGAUACCUUGUGGUUAGAGGGUAUGGAAGAGUAAGAGAAGAUGAUGAAGACAGUGAUGAUGAUGGAUCAGAUGAGGAAAUAGAUGAGUCUCUGGCUGCUCAGUUUUUAAAUUCGGGAAAUGUAAGGCACAGGCUACAGUUUUAUAUUGGAGAACAUUUACUACCAUAUAACAUGACUGUGUAUCAGGCAGUGCGGCAGUUCAGUGUCCAGGCUGAAGAUGAAAGGGAAUCUACGGAUGAUGAGAGCAAUCCUCUGGGAAGAGCUGGUAUUUGGACAAAGACUCAUACAAUAUGGUACAAACCUGUGAGAGAGGAUGAAGAAAGUAGUAAAGAUUGUGUUGGUGGCAAAAGGGGGAGAGCCCAAACAGCUCCCACAAAAACUUCUCCCAGAAAUGCAAAGAAGCACGAUGAGUUAUGGCAUGAUGGAGUGUGCCCGUCAGUAGCAAAUCCUUUAGAAGUUUACCUCAUUCCCACACCACCUGAAAAUAUCACCUUUGAAGACCCAUCCUUAGAUGUGAUCCUCCUUUUAAGAGUUUUACACGCCAUCAGUCGAUACUGGUAUUACUUGUAUGAUAAUGCGAUGUGCAAGGAGAUUAUUCCAACUAGUGAAUUUAUUAACAGUAAGUUAACAGCAAAAGCGAAUAGGCAGCUUCAAGAUCCUCUAGUAAUCAUGACAGGAAACAUCCCAACAUGGCUCACUGAGCUAGGAAAAACCUGCCCGUUUUUCUUUCCUUUUGAUACCCGACAAAUGCUUUUUUAUGUAACUGCAUUUGAUCGGGACCGGGCCAUGCAACGAUUACUUGAUACCAACCCAGAAAUCAACCAGUCUGAUUCCCAAGACAGCAGAGUUGCACCUAGAUUGGAUAGAAAAAAGCGCACUGUGAACAGAGAGGAGCUGCUAAAACAAGCUGAGUCCGUGAUGCAGGACCUUGGGAGUUCACGGGCAAUGUUAGAAAUCCAGUAUGAAAAUGAGGUUGGUACAGGUCUUGGGCCAACACUGGAGUUUUAUGCACUUGUUUCUCAGGAACUACAGAGGGCUGACUUGGGUCUCUGGAGAGGUGAAGAAGUAACUCUUAGCAAUCCAAAAGGAAGCCAAGAAGGGACCAAGUAUAUUCAAAACCUCCAGGGCCUGUUUGCGCUUCCCUUUGGUAGGACAGCUAAGCCAGCUCAUAUCGCAAAGGUUAAGAUGAAGUUUCGCUUCUUAGGAAAAUUAAUGGCUAAGGCUAUCAUGGAUUUCAGAUUGGUGGACCUUCCCCUUGGCCUGCCCUUUUAUAAGUGGAUGCUGCGGCAGGAAACUUCACUGACAUCUCAUGAUUUAUUUGACAUUGAUCCGGUUGUAGCCAGAUCAGUAUAUCACCUAGAAGACAUUGUCAGACAGAAGAAGAGACUGGAGCAGGAUAAAUCCCAGACCAAAGAGAGUCUACAGUAUGCAUUAGAAACUCUUACGAUGAAUGGCUGUUCAGUGGAAGAUCUAGGACUGGAUUUCACGCUGCCAGGGUUUCCCAACAUUGAACUGAAGAAAGGAGGGAAAGAUAUACCAGUGACUAUCCACAAUUUGGAGGAAUACCUAAGAUUGGUGAUAUUCUGGGCACUAAAUGAAGGUGUUUCUAGGCAAUUUGACUCAUUCAGAGAUGGAUUUGAAUCAGUUUUCCCACUCAGUCAUCUUCAGUACUUCUACCCAGAAGAACUGGAUCAGCUCCUGUGUGGCAGUAAAGCAGACACUUGGGAUGCAAAAACAUUGAUGGAAUGCUGCAGGCCUGAUCAUGGCUAUACUCAUGACAGUCGAGCUGUGAAGUUCUUGUUUGAGAUUCUCAGUAGUUUUGAUAAUGAGCAGCAGAGGUUGUUUCUCCAGUUUGUGACGGGUAGCCCACGAUUGCCGGUUGGAGGGUUCCGGAGUUUAAAUCCACCUCUGACAAUUGUGCGGAAGACAUUUGAAUCAACAGAAAACCCAGAUGACUUCUUACCCUCUGUAAUGACUUGUGUGAACUAUCUUAAGUUGCCGGACUACUCGAGCAUUGAGAUAAUGCGUGAUAAACUGUUGAUAGCAGCAAGAGAAGGCCAACAGUCGUUCCAUCUUUCCUGAUCACAACAAGAAAUCAAUGUCUGCCUGUUACAGCAAAAGAAAAAAAAAUCAUGAUUUCUUUUCUGUGUGUCACCUGAGUCAAGGAAACAUGUUCCUCCUUCUUGUUGUAGGAAAUCGGCUUGCAGAUUAUAAUUCAUAAUGGCCCCGUGGACUUAAAGUGAUCAGGCCCUAAAACGUUGUUGUGAUGAGGUUUCUUUAGCAAGUUCGUGUUUAAAUUAUCAUUUAUUUGAUGAGUGAAGUUUUUAACUUGCUUUGCUGUGUGAAAUUUCAAAGGGAUGUUUUUUCAGGCUGGAACAAUAAAUGUCGCUGUGCAGUUUAAUUCUGGGCUGUGUGUAUCCAUCUAGCUAAGUUUGCAAUUUGUUUCUUCCAAAGACAACUCUUGUACAUAAGUACAGACAUUAAACUCAUGUGUAUUUGACAACUCUAGUUUAGUAAAUGGGUUCUGUGUGCUUUCCACCUCUCUCUCUAAAUUUCUUUUCCCACUUCAUUGCUGCCUCUGCAGUUCAAACAGGUUGUUUUUGUUUUUAAAUAAUGCAACAUGAACAGUUAAAGACAUUUUCAUUAGCCCUGGGCCUUGUCAUCCUGGGCUCUUUCAAAUUAAGAUAACAAUUUAAAAUUUAUUGAAUUUAAAUAUAUUCUCAAUAUAAUUCAGCCUUUGUAACUAGGUAAGUAGGCUUUUCUUAUAGCUUAGUUUUAAUAUAGUUACAGAGCACUCCUGGCUUUUUGCCAAGUGACACACUAGGUCUGUUUACAUAUUUCCAUCACCCUCUGGAAAGGAGGAAGGAAAGCGCAUUCAUUUUUCUGUGUAGGUUAAAAGGUCCACAGCUUGGGCUGGCCAGUAUUUAUCCUAUGGCCAGACCAUUUUAAAUUGAUGUCAAGUUUUAAAUUAAUUACUUUUCAUUCCGUAUUGGAGUUUAAACGAUUUUUUUCCUUCCCUUACUCCUGUUUUAAGUUGCUGUUCUCAGUCUUUAUUUCACUCUCUCAUCAUCUCCCAGCGUUAAUUGCAGAUGAACCGCUCAGCCUUUGUCUCCACACAGAUCAAAGCACCUGUAAACAAUGCUGUCCAUUUGUUUGUGUGCUCAUUUCUCAGAUCUGCAAUAAUCCGUCAGGUUAAUGUUUUUACCUAAAAAUAAAAGAAGUUUGCUUCACCAUUUUUGUUGAUAGUUCUGUGCUGUACACAUGCCCACCUGUCUAAUAAGCCGUUUCGGCCACAUUACAGUGCAAGAAAGUCGUUGUGUGACCACAAGUCCAGCUGUGGCGGGUCUUGUUGUUUACAGCUUCUUGAACACAAAAUGUGGAAAGAAAAUGGGAGCUGAUCCAUUCCUUCCUAAGGCUCAAAUGAAGACUAAUAAAUUUGAACUCUGCCUUCAUCUCCUUAAAAAUGAGAUGCACCUUUUUUUAAAAACAAAAAACAAAACUGAACUUUGAAAAAACUAAUUGUGCUGACUCUCUUGACAUACAGCCUUCUUCAUCCCAUCUCCCCAAAGGAAGGUAGUGGUUUAGUUUACUACUGUAACUGUCAUUCUACACUGACCUUGCCUUACGUGGAAACAUCCUCUGCUGACAGAAAUCUCUUGACAGUUUGCCCAGUGUGGAGGAGUUGGGGCCAGGAGGCCUCUGCUCACAGAGGCUUGUAAAUGAGCAAUGUUACCUAGAGGGGGAGGGAUUUGGGUUCUUCAGCUUCACCCUGUUGGCCAGAAGAUCUGGGCUCCUUUGUCUCCAAAGUUCUUGUGUUUUACAAACUGAGCACAAACAUUUUUGUGUGAACAUAGCAUUUUGUUCCUCACUUUUUAAAGGUCUGUUAAAAUGUAGACAUCUGUAUAAAAGUGAUGUUUCAUAUUAAAAUAACCUGUAUUUGCAUUUUACACCUGUGGUGCUGGCAGAUUUGGCUUCAAUGAUUCCUUGCAUCAAUUGAAUGCUUAUGGUUCUCACUGGACUGUUUCAGAGCCGGAAGUCAUUGAAAAGCUUUGGUUGUCAUUUUACUGUGUUCAGUGCGUGGGACCUGUGGUUAAUUGGGGUCAGGAAGACCACAUUUUAAAGCACUCUCAGCAGAGGCCUUAGUUUUGCACACCUGGGGAAUGUACACUUGGUUUGCUGUUCUAGUCCUCACUAAAGGAUUGAUUCAGGGACCAGCAAGCACCAUUGGUAUGACAGCCAAUGCUGCACUGUCAGGAUGUUAACAGAAUCUCCCUUGUCCUAGGAGAGUAGACUGCAUAUUGAUCUAAGAGGCAGUAGGUGCCGUGGCCCAGCUCAGCAAAAGCAUAUCAUAUAGCCACCAACACUGGGAGAGUCUGGUUGUUGUCGAGCUAGGCACACCUCAUGAGAAGUUUUACAGCCAACAGCUGAGCUCCUGUUCAAGAGUGACUUGAGCAUCUUGUGCAUGAAGGCCAAGGACCAGAGCCCCAGGUUGUCCCCACUCCUGUCUGUGUUUCUACUCCAACAGUCCCGCCAGCACUGUGCAGUCAUGCCUUUCGUUUUUGUUGUUUUGUCUUUAAUGUGGGUGGGUGCUGGUGACCCAAACUAGGUCCUCAUGCUUAUGGCUCAAGCACUCAACCCACUGAGCCGUCGUCUCCCUAGCCCAUCACCAGCAGAUUGAGUUUUUGGUGUUCUCUCAAGUUCACCUUGUUUUGAGAUUUUUUUUUCAUUUAACAGUACAAAGUACAAAGUUGAGGAAAUAGGAUGGUCACCAUUAUUCCAAGACUGGUUGGGAGGAAAUGUGUAAAAGUGUAUUACUAUGCCUAGGAUUUCCUGAGUGGUUCUGGGUGUUCCUUUGACAGAAAUGACCUCCAUUUGUUUCUUUUACACUUUGGUUUCCUGACCCAUUUUGUUUUCUCUGUUGUAAUGAGAAUAUUGUCUUGAACUGUCAUGCUCUGUAUGAUUCUUUGAGAAGUGUUAUAUAGGUGUUAGGUUUGACAUUGCUGUAGCUGGUAUCCACAGUAAGGAGUGACCUUGUGACAGGUCAUUGGAAAGUCCCAGUUACCCAGACAGUAAUACCAGGCAACGCAUAGCACUUAACUACAUCAAAAAAUUGGCAUAUGACAAGAAGUUCAACUGAACAACUAAUGGCGAGAAGAAAUUCCUUAAUGCUUACAGACUUAUUCUUUAUCAAGGAGACAGUCUUCAAUAAUGGAAGAGGGAGUUUUAUUUUUACUACAAACGGACUCAAAACCAAACUGAUAAGCAACUGCUGAUCUCUGUAAAGUGUUUUCUUUCUCUUUUGAUCUGAAACAUUUAUACGAACUGCUGGAAUAAUGGAACUUCAGACUAAUGUGUAUGUAAAAUUGCAUCGAUGCCCUGACUUCCUGACUAUAUUUUUAAUAAACGGCAUUAUCCUUCA